GUCCUUUUGCUAGAAAACAGAAUCCAAUUACAUGUGAUGUUUUAGUUUAGGCACUCCGUAACAAUUUUUGUACAUAUGUCAGUUUAUUUUUUUUACCAAUUGUAAAUCAUGGAAGAUAUUUUACGUAAACUUAUGUCAAAUGACAGUGAAUCCGUACGGGAGGGAACUGUACAACUCAAAGAAGAAGUUAACAAUCCAGAAUCAAUAGGGAUUUUAUGUAAACUAUUAAGUUUACACCAAGAUGCAGACAUCCGGCAGUUUGCAGCUGUAAUCCUUAAGAAAAGAUUUUCUAAAAAAAAUAAAUGGACUACAGUUGAUCCUCAAUUGAAAGCUGAGAUUAAAGCUGGACUUUUGCAAACAUUUAUCAAUGAACCUGAAAAAAAUGUUAAGAAUUGUAUUGCAUAUCUGAUUGGUGUGAUUUUGAAGCAUGAUUAUCCAGAAUGGCAAGAACUUAUGAGUUUUCUUCAGCAAGCUAUGACUAGUGAAAACACCAAUGAUAGAGAACUGGGCUACUAUAUGCUCUCCAUUCUCACUGAGACUUGUCCUGACGAAAUGCAAGCCCAUGCUCCAUCUUUCUGUACUCACUUUUCUACAGCUUUAUCAAAUAUGACAGACAAAGCAUCACCAAUUGGAUAUUUUAUGAUGAUUUGCCUGACACACAUGUGUCCAUCAUUAUCUUCCAGUAAACAGUUGAUGAAUAUCUAUAAUGAGAUAAUUCCGAAGACGUAUGAAGUUAUUCAAGCAUUAGCUGAAAAGAGACCUGAUCGAGCUUGUGAAGCACUGGAUCUUUAUUAUGAAUUAACUUCUGAAAAAGAGAGCCUUUCUUUGAUAACACCAAGAAUUAAGGCAAUUAUAAAUCUUUGUUUAGACCUCACUCAAAAGUCAAAAAGUGAAGACCUGCAAAUUAAAGCCCUGAAUUUUAUUGCAACUUUUUCUAUGGUUAAAGCCAAGCUUUUGUUUAAAGAUGGAUUAAUGAAUACCAUUCUUUCUGUUCUAUUUGCUAUAAUGAAAGCUCCUCCUCUUGAUGAUGAAGAUGAACAAUAUUUUAGUGCUGAUACAAGUGAAGAUACCCUCCUAACUUGUGCUUGUGAGACUUUAGAUGUGAUAGCUAUAAAUGCUGACCCAAAGAAGGUUAUGGUGCCAAUUAUGGAAAUGGUCCGACCUGCCCUUCAAAGCUCUGUACCAUAUGAUAGAAAAGGGGCCUAUCUUGUAAUGGCUAUAGUUUGUCAAGGAUGUGACAAUUAUGUGAGAAAUAACAUGUUAGAAGAUUUUGUUUCUACAGUUUACAAAGGUGUCAAUGAUCCAAGUUCUGUUGUCAGAAACGCAGCUCUCUUUGCAAUGGGACAAAUGGCUGAACAUUUGCAGCCUGAAAUAUGUAAACACUCAUCAGAUAUAUUGCCUUUGCUCAUUAAUCAAUUGGACCGUCUUGGUGAAGAGGGUAAGAACGGUGCCAGAAUGGGUCAGCGUGUUGAUCGUCUCUUCUAUGCUAUAGAGAGCUUUUCAGAAAUUCUUGAAACAUCUCUGACUGGUUUCCUUAAUGAAUUAAUUCCAAGACUCCUUGUUCUAUCUGUACCUCCUUAUCAUCCACAUGUCAGGGAACUUGCAAUGGCCAAUAUUGGAACUGCCGCUGGCUCGGUUGAAGAAGCUAUUGCUCCAUACUUCAGAGAUAUUAUGAAUGUUCUGAACGUUUAUCUUUCUUCUCCUUCAGAUUCCGAUAUCACGUCUUUAAAAGUAGAAGCCAUUGAUACUUUGAGUAUGCUAGCUAGACAUGUUGGGCCAAAUGAAUUCCAGCCUCUAGCUCUUGAUUCAAUCAAGUUAGGUAUUCAGCUCGUGGCUGAAACUGAUGAUCCUGAUAUCCGUAAAUCAACAUAUGGCCUAUUUGGUUCUGUUUCUCAUGUCCUAAAAGGAGAAAUGGGACCUCUUCUUGAGAGUAUUGUUCUUCCUAUUAUUAAUACUAUCAAAGACCAGCAAGCCUAUGUAGUUCAUAAAAGAGAUGAUGCAAUGGCAGCCUUUCCUUUGUAUGACAGUGAUUCUGAAGACAAAAAUGAAGAUUUUGAUGAUAUCAGUAUAGAAAAUGAUUAUGUUGAAGAAAAAGAAGAAGCUUGUUUCGCAUUGAAGAAAAUUGCUGAAAAUACAGGUGUCAGUUUUGCUCCUUUCCUGGAGUCCAGCAUGGAAGAAGUUUAUAAACUUUUAAAUUUUCCUAGUCUUGAUGUGAGAAAAGCUGCUUUAGAAGCAGAAGCUCAGUUUUGUAUCAGUUUUACCAACAUCAUGCUGAACGCCUCUCAUGGAGACAACAUCCUAGUCAUAACUAUAAUGGAAAAAAUUAUUGGAAAAACAAUUGAACUCAUAAAGAAAGAUCUUGAACGUGAGGUAGUUCUAGUUGGCCUGGAGUGCUUACAAACACUUCUAAAGGAAAUAGGACCACAAAUUGGAAGUAUUGAACAUAUUAAAAAAGCUAUAAUCGAUGUGCUGAAGGAUGUUUUGAAUUCCAAGACCGAGUCUCAUUUGAUGGUUGGAGCCGGUGAUGAUGAAGCAACUGAAAGUGAAGUAAUGGAUGCUGCUUGUGAUGUAGUUCCUCUCCUUUCAAAGGCAAUGUCGCAACCAGAAUUUUCACAAUUAUUUGCUGAGUUCCUUCCUCUUCUAAGGAAUAGGAUCGUACAAAAUCAGAACGAAGUUGAGUCAGAUGAAGAUGAUGAAGAUGAAAUGGAGGGGACUAGAGCCAACACUAUUGGUGUUAUUGCAGAAUGUAUGUCUGGUCUUGGAGAGAAUGUUAGUGGUUAUGUAAAUUCUCUGCUUCCAUAUCUUUUAGGAUUAACAAAAGACCCUGAUGCAAAUGUUAGAAACAAUUCUCUCUAUACCAUUGGUGAAAUGGCUCUCCAUGGCAAACAACAUAUUUAUCAACAUUACCCAACAAUCUUAAAUGCUUUAUCGCAAGUUUUAGCAUCCGAGAACAAACCAAAAGUAUUGGAUAAUGCUUGUGGUGUGCUGGCAAGGCUUAUUCUGACGAAUGCUCAAGGCAUUCCGUUACAGCAGGUUUUUCGUGCCUUUGUAGCUCAAUUACCCUUAAAAGAAGAUUUUUCAGAAGAUGUUUGGGUAAUGAAAGCUAUUUGUCAUGUGAUACAAAAUGCUCCUGAUGUUGCUAGAUCUGAAGUUUAUCUUAUUCUUCAGGCAGCUGGUUUUACACUCCAGUCACAUGCCCCAGAUAAUGAAUGCAAAGAAGUGCUUUUGAAUACAUUCAGGGUUAUAUUCGCUCAGCUUCCUCAGGAAUGUCAACUUGUUUUAUCACAGCUUCCUCCAAAAUUGAUUGAAACUCUUCGUGAAAUUGGAGUCACAUCAAAUUAAGAAUGUUCUUCACUGCUCAUCAUCAUUAUCAUCAUAUUAAACUAAAUUGUAAUGUUAUGAAUAUAGUUAAUUUAAUUUGUUAUGUUUAUUUAAGAAAAUAGAAAAAGAAAAAAAUAUCUAAGUGAAUUUUCAUGACUCACUAUGUUCUUAAAAAGGUUCUACAAAAGAUUGGUGAUAGCAGCAUUUUUAAAAUUUAUUUAUUAUACCUGUUAUAGUUCUAUACUGGUGUUAAUUGUUUACUUUUUGUUAAGAAUGUGGUAAUGUAAAAAUGGUGUAUAAUAAUGUUUCGUAUUUUAUAACAGUCUGACUUUUCUUUUAAUUUUUAUAUGCUCGGAAUUUGUUUUCGUUUUGGUUUCUUUAUUCUCCUCUUAAAUUAAUUUGUUUAAUUUUCAAUUAAAUUGGAACUAGUCAAAGUUUGAUUUUUGCACUAAAUAAUUCAUUUGACAUUGUCUUCCUAUUUUAUUGUAGUUAUGCUUUUAUUUUAUUUUUUUGUUUUGUUUU